AGGAGGAGGAGUAGGAAGAACAAAGAAAAAACAAGUUAUCCAUCGCACUCAAAAGCCGUUUAUAGUAUCAUUUUGGCUUCACAUCACAACUGGGUGCACUGGUUCUUUGUUCUUUCCUCUUCGCUUCAUUUCUGUUUCGUUUGGGGUUUGUGAGGGCGGAUCAGAUCGAUGGGAAGGAACUCGACGAUGGAAAAAAAAAUGCAGAUUAGAAGCCCAGGCAGUUGGGAGAUUUAAUGAAAAAGUUUAUCAGAUUUACUAUUAAAAAUUGAAAUGUCGAGUGUAUGUGUCAUGCCAAACAGAAAAUAUUUUUAUCGGUAUAAUAAGUCCGUGUUACGGGUAUAUAAAACAAUAUACAUUCUAUUUUUUUCCUUUCAUUUUAAAAAUUCAUUUCAUUUCCAUUCUAGCCAAGCAAGCGAUCCAUUUGUUUGCUUUCGUUUCUCUCCUUUCUUUUUCCAUUCCCCUUCUCUCUCAUUCGUUUUCAUUUCGUGUCCUUUUCCAUCCUUCAAGCGAUGCGACUUCGUUGCUAGACGAGGCUUGCCAUCUCCAUUCAAUUGCUGCUGCGUAGAAGAGGCAUACUUCAACAUUUUCGUCUUUUCUUCACCAACUUGUUAUAGAGUUCAGAGAGGCAUGGAGAAGAGGGAAGACUUGAACUCCAUACUGCCGUUUCUUCCUCUGACCCUUCGUUGCUCUUCCCUCUGCUGGCCUCCCCUUGCUCUCGAAGCCCUCAAGGUUCUGUCCAGGGGUCCUGCCCAGAGCAAAGUGGACUCCGGGGAUGUACUAUUCGAUGCCAUCGUCGACCUACGGCACCAUCUUGGCUUGUCCGGCGAGAGCCUCUCUUGGGCGGCGGGAAAGGGCUACACUCGUUUUUUUAGCGUGUUGAUCUCUCCUGGUGAAUCAAAACGAUGGUUUGAAGAGUUCAUUCCUUCAUUGGCGUGCAUGUUGUUACGUCUGCCAUCUUUAUUGGAGGCUCAUUACGAAGAGGAAGACGAUAGUGAUUCUUUACUUAGGACUCGCUUGCGCUUACUGGAUUCCCAAGAAGCAGGAGCUAUAUUUCUCAGCCAGGAACUAAUUGGAGCCUUGCUUUCAUGCUCAUUCUUCUGUUUGUUUCCAUGCGGAAUUCGGGAUGUUUCAUGCCUUCCAAUUAUCAACUUUGACUAUUUAUUUGCGGGAAUUGGUCAUGGCAGCAGUCAAAGCCAGGAGAACAAGAUAAAGUGCCUAGUUCACUAUUUUGAGCGGAUAUGCACAACCAGGCCACUAGGAUUUGUUUCUUUUGAGCGAAAGAUUCUUUCUCUAAAUAACAAUCCUCUUUCUGUGUCUUAUCCUGGAGCUACUUCUUGGGUUAAAUCUACCAUUUCUCUUUGUCCCAUUGAGGUUCUGCAAACAGGUAAAAUAGAAGAUCAGCAGCAUGAAGCUUUAGAAGUAGAUUUUGCCAAUAAAUUUAUUGGUGGUGGUGCUCUUACUCGAGGCUGUGUGCAGGAAGAGAUACGUUUCAUGAUAAAUCCUGAACUAAUUGUUGGGAUGCUUUUCUUGCCUUCGAUGGCUGACAAUGAGGCUGUAGAAAUUGUUGGUGCUGAGAGAUUCUCAAGUUAUACAGGCUAUGCUUCAAGUUUCCUCUUUUCUGGAGAUUAUCUUGACCAGAAAGCAAAAGAUGCACACGGCAGACGAAGAACACAAAUUGUUGCAAUUGAUGCUUUAUCUAGGCCGGGGGCUAAACAAUACAACAUCAAAUACCUGCUCAGAGAAACAAAUAAGGCAUUCUGUGGAUUCAUGGAUCAGUCAAAAUGUCAAGAAUAUCAUGGUUAUUUCAAUGAGGGUUCUGACAAGUCUGAUGUGGGCGGAAAUGGUGUUGCAUUUGAUGUCAAACAUGCCCCUUUUGAUGAAGAUGAUAGUUCGUCUGCGAGGUUGGACCUGACCUUCUCAGAUACCACUCCACUUUCUACUCUCUGUAUUGAGACAAAUUCCAAGGUCUUGGCUUGUUCUGUUUCUACAAAAGCUUUUAGCGAGAAGGAGCAGGAUAAAAUAUCUCACGGUGGAGAGUCUGAAAGUAGCCAAGUAUCACAUGGUAAGGAAAGUAUUGGUAUAGCCACUGGAAAUUGGGGAUGUGGAGCUUUUGGUGGAGACCCUGAACUGAAGUGUAUGAUUCAGUGGCUUGCAGCCUCUCAGGCACGGAGGCCAUUUGUCUUAUACUACACAUUUGCGGAGCCAACUUUGCAAAGAUUGGAACAGGUUACUGAGUGGAUUUUGUCCCAUAAUUGGACAGUGGGUGAUCUCUGGACUAUGCUGGUUGAGUAUUCAAGCCAGAGGCUGAAUGGCAUCCAUGCUGGUUUUCUAGACUGGGUUCUUCCACCUGAUGAUUCAAUGGUGUAGUCUUUGUUUCUUAACUUGAUACACUUGUUGACCUAGUCUUGCUUGUACCAUGAACACAGUGUGUCGCAUGUCAUCAAAAAAUUGUAUAGUGACGUUUGCCGGAUGAAGUACUGAUGAGCUCUGUAUCUGCAAGGUUGUAUAAUUGUGGAGACGUACUGUGGCAGCCUACAUGGACCAUCUUGUACAAUUUAGUACAUAUACGAGCAUUAGACUGUAAAGUAAAAGAUGAUACUCAUGAAAUCAGUGUGUUAAAAGUUUGGAUUAAUAUUUAGUAUCAUUAAUAAUUUUAAAGUCAUUUAGUUGUAAAUGUUUAUAA